AAAGGUGGGGAGCCCGGCCAGCCAGCCAGCGAGCCGAGGAGGAGGCGGCGGCAUUUGCUGGGGGAAAAGCGAGCGGCAGGGAAGAGGGGUUGCCUCGGGGAUCGGCGCCGGGGAAGCCAGCCCAGCCGGGGAGACGCGAUCGCGGGGAGGGGAGGGUGCUGCUGCUUCCUUUGGCUCGGCAGCCCUCUCUUGCAUCACCACCUUUGCGCGCCCAGGCCGGCAAAGCGGGGCGGGCUGGAGCGCCCCAUUGCGUCUUAGUUCGAGGAAGUUUUUUUUUGUAGUGGGGGGCCCAGAAAGACCCAGCACCCCUCAUUUAUUUUAUUUUUGCUCCCCUCUCUCUCUCUGUCUCCCGUUUUCACUUCUUGAAGGCUUCGCCCAACACUGUGACGGUCCAUCAUGUCUGACAGGAAGGCUGUGAUCAAGAAUGCGGACAUGUCCGAGGACAUGCAGCAGGAUGCAGUUGACUGUGCCACGCAGGCCAUGGAAAAGUACAACAUAGAGAAGGACAUAGCAGCGUACAUUAAAAAGGAAUUUGACAAGAAGUACAACCCCACUUGGCACUGCAUCGUGGGCAGAAAUUUCGGCAGCUAUGUAACGCACGAGACGAAGCACUUCAUUUACUUCUAUCUGGGCCAGGUGGCGAUUCUCCUCUUCAAGUCGGGCUAGAAGGCAGGUGAAGUUGACCGCGGGGGACACGGCGAGCGAGGAACAUGGACUGUAAUGCACUGAAGGCAGGGAGCUUCGGCUUCCUUUACUAUGGCUGUGCCACUGCAUGGACUGUAUACUAUAUUUAAUGUGUAUAUGUUGCAGUUUAAAAAAAAAAACACCUAAAAUUCUGUUUGUAAUUUUUUUUGUUCAUUUUGGUUGCCUGGGAGAAGAAAGGCAGCAGAUUUUCCUUCCCUCCUUUUAUCUUUUUUUCUUCUUUUUUCUUUUUGGUUCUGUUUUUGGGUUCCUGCUUUGUUUUUUUAAAAAAAGAAAUUUCUGUUUUUUCUUUUGCACUAGGAGAACUGUAAAAUGCUUCAACAAUGGCCUUUAAGUGGGAAGAGGAAAUGAUCGAAUAAAUAAAAAUAGAACCUUUAAUUCCAUGAAAUAUAUCUUUUGGUUUUAACGUUCCUGGAAAAAAAAAUCGCAAAACAAAACUAA